GCCGGCAGCACAGGGGGGCAGGCUGGGGGCGGUGCUGGAAGCCUGAUUCACCCGGUGCCGAGGACACCCCCUCCCUGGCUGCCUCGGGGGAGAGCUGCUCCCCCCCACCCCCCGGGAGUGGGGUAACGGGGGGGUGUCAGUGCGCGAUCCCAGGUGUUAGGGUCCUGACAGCUGGGGUUUGUCUGAGCCCAAAUGUCUCCUCUGCCCUGAAAACACCCUUCCCUAUCCCUGAAUCUCUCUGAGCCCCCUGAGGGGCGCUGGGCAAAGCCCAUUGCACUGGGGGGGGGGAAUGGGGAAAUUUUCCCUUUGUGGAAGGGGUAUGGAGCCCCCUUGGGCACGCGUGACUGACUUGGCGUGGGUGGAUGGGUUAACUAGGUGAGUGGCAGGGUUUAACCCCCCCUCCCCCAUGACUCGUCCCCCCUCCUCCCUCUCCCCCCUCCCUGUAACCUCCAAAAGGGGAAUUUUCCAGCUGGUAAUUUCUGCUGCGUCAACACCCAGCUCAAGGGAGAGGAGAGGAGACAAGGGGGCAUUUUAACAGCAGCUCCACUUGCAAAUAACAAGCCUGAAUUCUGGCUCCAGAAUUAAAAAUCUUUCCACCCCCAAAAAAUCAGCAUCUGUGCAAGUUGGACCAAGAGUUUGUCAAGAGUGUGGUUCAAAACUGCUUGGAAAAAGGGAUGAGUUCCAUUUUUGUUAAAUUACCUACCUUAAAGGGACUUUUUCCAAAGAGAGAAUGGUGCAGGGAGAAGGGGGAACAGAAAGAAAGAACAAGUUACAGGACAGUUGAUGAACUUUCCAAAGCCUGUUACCAGAAACGCUUUCCCUCUGUUCAUUAAAACAUGUAUGGUGUACCAUGACACCUCGUGGCAUUUAUCUUUACUAAAGAAAACAAUUUUCAACUACUGAGUCUGUGUACGAGAAAACACAAAGAUUCCCAAAUGAAUAACCGAAAGGAAGAUAUGGAGAUUGCCUCCCAUUACCGUCAUCUGCUUCGUGAGCUCAAUGAGCAGAGACAGCAUGGCAUCCUCUGUGAUGUUUGCAUUAUAGUGGAGGGGAAGAUCUUUAAGGCUCACAAAAAUGUUCUGCUCGGGAGCAGCCGCUACUUCAAGACUCUUUACUGCCAGGUGCAGAAGACAUCUGACCAGGCCACAGUCACUCAUUUAGACAUUGUAACUGCACAGGGCUUUAAAGCCAUCAUUGACUUUAUGUAUUCUGCACACUUAGCGUUGACGAGCAGAAAUGUCAUUGAAGUGAUGUCAGCUGCUAGCUAUCUUCAAAUGACUGAUAUUGUACAAGCUUGUCACAAUUUCAUAAAAGCGGCUCUUGACAUAAGUAUAAAGUCUGAUGCCUCAGAUGAUCUAGUUGAUUAUGAACUUGGGGCCGCUUCCAGCAGUAGUACAGAUGCUUUGAUUUCAGCAGUGGUGGCUGGUAGGAGUAUUUCUCCGUGGUUAGCUCGACGAACAAGUCCAGCGAACUCUUCUGGAGAUUCGGCCAUUGCUAGCUGUCAUGAAGGAGGGAGCAGUUAUGGAAAAGAGGAUCAAGAACCAAAACCAGAUAGCCACGAUGACAUUUCAUCCCAGUCUCUUUGGUCCAGUGACAUGAGCUAUGGGUCUUUGCGUAUCAAAGAGGAGCAAAUUUCACCAUCUCACUAUGGAGGGAAUGAAUUGCGUUCUGCCAAGGAUAGUGCAAUACAGAACACUUUCUCAGAACAAGGAGCAGGGGAUGGCUGGCAACCCACUGGACGCAGAAAGAACAGAAAAAAUAAAGAAACUGUGCGUCAUAUUACACAGCAAGUAGAGACUGACAGCAGGGCAAGCUCUCCAGUGCCAUCUUUUUUAUCUGCCUCAGGGUGGCCAUACAACAGUCGUGACCCAAGUGCUGAUGUGACAGAACCCAGCAAUUCAGACAGCCGAGUGGAGAGAUCAGACCUUUAUGCAAAUGUUGAUGAAGCACUCCUAGGAGGUGAUGCUAGCUACCUAUCUCAGCCUCUUACCCCGGAGAAGGAUGAUGCACUUCAGGCUGCGACAGUUGCUAAUCUGCGCGCAGCCCUCAUGAGUAAGAACAGCUUGUUAUCUCUGAAAGCUGACAUGCUGGGAGAGGACAGUUCUCUGCUAUUCGAGUACUUACCCAAAGGCACACAUUCUUUAUCUCGGCCUGGUGCCAACUUGAAUCGUUCAAGGGGCGAAUUUGAUGGCAAAGUGGAAGCACCAUCUCCCCUGCUGCCUUCAUCACACCUUGCCACUCAGAGCCCCCCUGUGAUCUCCUGUUCUGGUGAAAUGUCACCAGAAACCAUGAUAAAAGGAAAGCUGUCUUCCUCGGCUCAGGCCCCCUAUGAUGGAUUUUUAGCACUGUGGCAGUUUGACAGCUCUGACACAGAUAUAAACAUUUCAAGAUCUGAAGAUAUGGACUUAAUGAAUGAAGGCCUGUUCUUGGAUUCAACCUUAACCAAGAGACUGACUUGUGGUUUCUGCAGGAGGGUUUUUGAGUGCACUGAAAAGUUGAAGGAGCACAUACACAAGCAUGCUUUUUCCAUGAUUCUUCCUUUUGACUUAAUUGACUGUGCCAGACCUGUGCUCAUUGGCCUCACUGAUCAUGUGUCCCAGGAUCAGCUUGCCCGUUUCCAAUGUUCUAAGUGUCCUGCAAGCUUCACACUAAAAUCAAAUAUGGAUAGGCAUGAAAAGACAAUCCACUUUAACCACAAGAAGAUGCAGUGUCCUGACUGCUUAAAACUCUUUAGAGACAAGACAGAUCUGAAUCGGCAUCUAAUGUCUGUGCACUCAGAUGAACGUACCUUUGUGUGUCUCUUUUGCAGCAAAGGUUUUGGUACACAAAAGAAUCUCACUACUCAUAUGAAAGUGUGUUACCUGGUCUCUGCCCAGCCAAUCGGUGAAGUUCUGGAUAGUGUGGAUCAAAAUCAGGAACCUGAGGAGGUCUAUCAAAGCUGUAUUAAGGAAACGAGAAAAUCAUGAGAUUGGAGGGAGAUGGGAUCACAUUUUCGGCAUUUAUUUUUUAUUAAAUCCAUAAAUUAAGAGGAGUAUAUUGCUGCAUUGUUACUUGCUGAAAAUGGGUUUACCAUUGGAUAAGCUAUAACACUAUAAUAAUUCCCAGAUAUUGGACAGAUUGGUCAGUCAUUAUUUCAGUUCUAGAUUUUGUAAACUAAAAUCUCUAAUUAGAAUCAAGAUGCAAUUUUGUGUUUAGAAUAUUUUUGAUAGAUAAUAUAAUGGUAUUUUGGAUUACUCAUGAUUAGAGGUUGCAUUCCUUUUACAUUUUUACAUGUCAUGAUUAAGAACUUUUGGUUUGUGUAUUUUUUUAAUAUAAGCUUAAGCCUUUAAAGAAGAUUUAAUUUGUUAUAUAGAGAUAAUGGUUUUAAAGAUAAUUAAUUUAUUUAUUUUUAAAAGCAGUUUUCAAAGAUUCUUUUGUAAACAUAGCAAUUUAUGGCAAUAUGUUAUUUGCUGUCCCUAUGUACUGUGAGGAUCUGUAUGAAUGGAAAUGAUCAGUGAUUGUAAACAUUUCCUUGGUUUAAAAUAGUCUCAAAGGGAUUAUUGAGAAGUAUACAGGAUAACUGCAUUUGGGAGUGGAAGAGGGUGUGUCUCUGUGUCAACUUUGUCAUUGAAGAUUUCCCCCUCUGAUGUUAGGCAUUACACAGUUAAACUAUAAGCUUGUUCUGUACUGCAGCUGAAGUGAAUCUGUUCUGAGAAGUACAAAUUCCAGCAGAUGUCCUAUGGGAAGAGGAUUUUAGUCCUACUAGAAAAGGUGAAGCUGGCCUGCUGUUUAAUACAAUUUGACUAUGGCAUUUUGAGUUUUGUUUUUUUUUUUUAAACUUCCUCUGGCGUCCUGCCAAUGUAUCAUGUAUGUGCACUCAGCCACCUCCUCUUCCUUAAAAUAUUCUGAUUGUUGCCUGUAUUAGGUGAGAAACUCUAUUGAACCGCUGUGACAAGUAUUUCUGCUUUGCUUAAUGAUGUCUCCAUUUAUACUAGUUUUAAAAACCAUGCAAAACUUCUGGAAUGCUAUUGGACAAAGACUUACAUUUAUAUUGCAUCAAAGAAAUUAUAAAAGAAACAGAAUAACAAAAGACCUGAGCUUUGCAAUUGCACAACUGUGGGACUGAGUGGCUAGUUUCAUCUGUGGCCCAAACUACCAGUGAAUGAAAGUACUUUGCUAUCACCAAAUGCCACAAGCUAUUUAUAAAGUCCAGUUUUCUGUAUCAUAUUUAGAAGCUCUGUGCUAUGUGGGCAUAUGUUCUAUACUAGGAUUUUUUAGAAAUUGCUGCAGGGUUAAGAACAUGUGAUUAUUUAGUAUGCUGCUGAAUGUUACCUGGAGUUAUUUUCUAUAUUUAUGAGUAAGAGUGUGGCAUUCAAAAACUAAGUUUCUUCAAGUCUUUUAACUCCAUCAAUUUGGUCUCUACAUUGUGGUUGAGCUAGCCAAAUUGAAUGUACAUAAAAAUAUAUCCUCUUGCUCCAAAAAGCCUAAUACUAUAUAGUGGAGACAGUGGAGCUUGACCAUCAGACUCUGUUACUGGAAGGUUGAAAUCCAACUAUAGUUCUCAUUUAAUUACUUUGGUUCAAUUAUUUGAAAGCUGUGAACUGUUUAACUCACAGUUUCCAAUUUAUUUUCAUACAAAUACAUAUUAAUUUAAUUACUCUAACAAUUGCUGUAGUUUAAGAGUGAGUAGUGCUUUUCAAAUACUCUGUGCACAAUGCACAAGUUGUCAGCAACUUGGUCUGGUGCUUAAGUGUUAUGUACUGUGUUAGGGUUAAUUUGUAUAUUGGUUCUUUUGAUGUGUGUGACAACAUAACUAGGAAACAAUAACAAAACUUUUAGAAGUAGUCUUGUGAUUUUGCCAAAGUAGUUCUCUCGUAGCAUGCCCAUACCUCAGGAAAACAAAGCAGGGAAAUGCUUAGUUUUGCACAAACAAUAUUGUAUACUUGUAGGAUGAUUAAACAUUAAGGGCCAGAUUCUUUAGCCUGCUAAAUCCACUUUGCAUGCUGCACAAAGUGGGCAUAAAACAGCUGGAGAUGGCCAGUGGAGAAUUUCUCAUGCAAAGGAACUGUCUACCAAUGAAAAGCUGGAAGAAGUGGCUCUACCACCCCCAGCAUGGAGGGGAAGUGGCACUUGAGCACUGACCCACUACACACAGUCUUCCUUUUGUCUAAAAUAAAUCUGCUUCACUGCAGCUCUGAUUUGCACCAGAGCUAGGUGGCUUAGGGCCAGGAAGCCACAAACACCACCAACCUCACCCCCACCCCCACUGUGUCUGAGCAGAUCACAGUUUGAGAGUCUGUUCCUAUGUAACUAUUAUAGCACAUAUCUUGUUAAUUGAUAUAGCAAGAAAGUCAUAUUAAACACUCUUUUGUCCAUAUAGUGCUUUCCCUUUAUUGAUUAUUGAUAUAUGUAUGAAUAUGCCUUGGAAUCAACCUGCUCCUCCUGUUAUGCACAUGACUAAUCUGCCUAUUUGAUGUUUGGCAAUUGCUAAGUAAAUUUACUGUGCUCUUUGGCAGAUGGGAGAGGAGGUGGGAAGGAACUGAGCAGUGAGAGGGAACUGUGAAAAAUCUCUCUGCCCCCAUGAAAAAUCUCUCUAUGGCAUUAUGGAAGCAGCAAAUGAGGGCUUAUCUAGACCAUAUCAGAAAGGGAGCAUGAGUAACCACAGCAUACCUAAAAGGACUGUUGUCUCAUGACAGAGUCAUAGUUAUAGAGUUUAAGGCAUCAGGGGGAUACUAAAGGGUCUGACCUCUUUAUCGCAGUGACCCUCACGCUAAUCCCAACUAACCCAAAGUAUUACAACCCAUCGGAAGUUAGACUGUUAUGUGCCACAGACAGAUAUAAUGGCCAUAUUAAAUACUUAUUGGGGGUAGGGGUUUCUCCCUGUUACUAGGAACAUUCAUUAGAACUCAAAUUGCCACAGUGAUAAUAAAUGUAGUGAAACACAUAUGAAACUGUUAAGGUCACUGAAUACAUCUUAUAAAUAGAAGAAGUAGGUGGAUCAUGAAAGAGGACCCUUGAUCAUUGCUUCCUCUUUUUUCUCAUUCUAACCAACGCCCCUGUUGGUUCUCUGAUUUUGUUACUGUUUUCUGUUAGCAUUUUCUGCAGAGUUUGUUGUUUUGAGAUUUUUAAGUUUGUCCUUUAUUAUUUUGUGGUGUUCUUUGUGAAAGUGUCUAGAUAAUAUUCUUUCAACUAGAUUAGCCCUCUCCUUUCCCUGAUGUUUAAGGGACUUAAUUGAAUUGAUUUAACAUCCAAAUGAGAUCACAGAAGUGUGUAAGAAAUUAUUUUCUAUUAGACAGGUUACGUAGGCAUUUUAUUGUAAUAUGUACAGUUAAUACCGAUGGUAUUGAUUCCUGACACCUGUGCAAAUACUUAUUAAAUUUCUUGAGUGACUUGCAAGUUCUUGUCUUCACGGAUAGGAGCAAAUUAAUUUAAAAAACUACAAACAUUAGACUUUCAGGGAACAAUAUAAUAGAUGUUUAUAUAGUUGUAAUAGAAAACUUUCUUAAACUUAUGUUUUUAAAUUCAGAAGUAGGAGAAGAUGUGAUAGGGAUGAUUGGUUUUACCAUAUAAAUAAAAUUGCAGUUUGAUUUUAAAAAUAUAAAAUGCAAUCUAAUGUGUAAAAAAUGAAGGGGAAAAAACUUGCCUCAAGUUAUUUUGUGAAAUACUUCUUGGCAUCCAAAAGAGUCAGUAUUGUCAUGCAGUAACACAGCAUAUGCAUAAAUUACAGAUUUAUAGACUAAAAUGUAGUUUUAUAUAGCACCUUUAUGCAAUAGUUAUGCGGUGUUGUACAAACAGCUACUCGUAUUGAUGUAAUUGUGUAGGAAAUGUAGCAACUGUUUCUGAGGCCUGGUCUACGCUUGGGUGGGGUCAGUCCAAGUUACGCAGCUUCAGCUAUGCGAAUAACAUAGCUGAAGUCGACGUACUUAGAUCUACUCACCGCAGUGUCUUCACUGUGGUAAGUUGACAGCUGACAUUCCCCCGUCGACUCCACCUGCGCCUCUCGCCCUGGUGGAGUAGCUGAUGGGAAAGCACUCGGCGGCUGAUUUAUCGCAUCUAGACUAGACGCGAUAAGUCGACCCUUGCUGGAUCGAUCGCUGCCCAUCAAUCCAGCGGGUAAUGUAGACAAGCCCUGAGAGGGAGAAUUUUGGUCAGGAAACAAGUUUUCUCUUUACUCCUGAUUCUAUGGAAAUUAAUGGCUUUUGGUUUAACAUCUUGUCUUAAGGAUGGCAAUUCUAAUAACACACCAAAUGGAAUAAUACAGUGACGUCUUACAGUAAUGAGACUGAGAUUGGGUGGACAACUGAAGCAGGGGAAUGCCAAACAAUAUAUGGCACAGAAGUGAUCUAGUUACUGCUCAGGAUUCCAGAAAUGCUGUCUCUGCAAUUUGGGCUUUGAAUUAUGAACAUAUCUUUUUGGGAGUCCUGAUGGUAGCAAUCAGCAAAAAAGAGAAAUAAUUAUGAAUAAUUGUUGCAAACGAGAUAAGCAAGAUAUUAAGAAAGCAUAAAUUUAGCUGUGGGGUUUUUUGUUGGGGUUGGUGAGGGGAGGGAGUUGUCUACAAAUCUUCCAAACUGCAGACAAACCUUAUAAUAAAAUUUCUUCUGUAGACAAUGUGAUGCUAAAUGAAAUGGGUUCCCUUUAUCACUGACUUGAAGUGCAUAUUCUAAACUAGCUUGGAAAUAACAGUUGAUGUGAAUAUGUUACAUGAUAGGACUAAUGCAUAACUUUGCACAACAGGUUUUUUUCCUAAAUCAUCUAUGCAUUUGUCAGUGUUUAACAGUGACAGUCGACAGACCAGAUUUGUUUGGCGUUUAUUUAGAUUUGCAAACAGAUUUUUUUAAAGAUUGUAUGCAAGAAAUGCAUGUACAACUAGCAUACUGUUAAACCUAUACAUCACUUUUUCAGGUGGGAAAGCGGUAGGGGAGCUGACGUAUUAGCAAGGAGAGAAUUCUAAAACUCUAAAACAAUUAAAAUCUACCUCAGUGAAACAAGAUAGAUAACUUAAGACAGUAAUGCCAAAGUUUUUGUAGUGUUGCUGGAUACUUUUUAAAAAAAUACUCAUUUUAUAUAAAUAUAUUUAUAAAAUUAUUUGUUUUUGUUUAAAAAUACAGCUCUGUUCAUAAUGCAUAUUUCACUUCUUGGUGCUAUUCCUCAUCUAGAGAUUUGCCAUGUAUCGCUGCUGGUAAUGAUCUUGGUAAUCUGGUCAAUGAUCAUUUCCUUGUUUACAGAUACUGCUAUUUCUAAGUGUUGUAAAUGUUUAAUAUUAGCCUUUUUAUUUAGGGCAAAUAGUCUAUACAUUUAAACUUUGUCAUUUAGACAAAAAAAGCUUUGUCUGUCCAUACCAAGGUUAAUAUAUUGUUGACUAAAUAUACAUGCGUAUAGGCAUAUGUGUUUAACAGAGAGUGCUGUGAAACACUAACAUGAAACUGUAUUUCUGAUGAUGCUUUUAUUUUUCAAGUUUUUAGUUUUAUAGAUGCAGAAAUAAAAAUGUGGAUAUUUGACAAAAUAUUUAGUUUUUAAUAAAAUUAUAACUGCACAAA